AUGAUGAGUACCAAUGGAAGGGGCCCUUCUACUUCAUCCAAGGAGCAGAUCCUCAGUUUGGACUGAUGAAAGCUUGGGCAGUGGGAGACACUAACAAUGGAGAUGAUGAAUGGGGAGAAGAAAUCAAAUUAGCAGAGCAAGCAGUGCAGGCCAUUAACAAACUAAAUCCUAAACCCAAGUUCUUUGUGUUGUGUGGAGACCUUAUCCAUGGAAUGCCAGUAUCAGGAAGGACCAUUAUGUGUUGGGAGGAACUUGUCUUUGAAGACAUGCCAACCCUCAAACUCUGUUGCCUUUCAGAGCUCCCUCCCACAGGGUCCUACAGACCAGUUCCCGAAAAGGUGGUCGUCUGUCCCAAGGCCCCAGGUCUGCUCUCUGCCUUCCGGACCCCCUCGGGACCUUCAGCUCUGCUUUGGUGGCUGCUGGGGUUAACGCAUCCCCAGCACUGGUGUCUCUGUGAGCAGCAGGACGAGGGCCCUGUGGGUGAUGAGGUUGUCCCAGCCUUCUUCCUGGAUCGCUGUCAGCAGAUCGCAGGGAGGGCAGUCUCCCGUAAGAGCCAGGGUCUGUGA